AUGUCGACAUCCGGCGAAAAGAACGUUAACGACUUCCAGAAAAUCACUGGCCUGACAGAGCAGAUAGCCAAGCAAUGCUUUUCGGCCUUUGGUAAUUACGCAGUGGCACUGGCAUCCUUCGCGCAGAGCUAUCCAAAUCUGCCGAAGAGCUACUUUCUGAACCCUAAUGCAGCGAACAAGAAUGCAAAGGAGAUCAACAGUGAGUUGCUCGCCAUUUACCGCCGCGCCCGUGAAUUGAAGGCGAAGUCUGGUCAGUUAGACAAGGAGGUCUGGAAAAACUACGGAAAGGAGGCGACGCCGCAGCCUCAGAAGUCGGAGCCGCCGAAACCGCCAGCGGUAGGGGGCAGCUCCGCCACAAGCAUCUUCCCCGGCUUUCCGCCAGCGAAGGCGCCGGGGAAGAUGGAUUCCUUCUCCUUUGGCUUUGGGCAGUCCGCGGGAGGUGCACCACGGACUGCCAGCAACGCCCCUAUCGCUCCUUUCCCGAGCGCCUUCUCGGGCUUUGGGAAACCCGCCCAGGCCGCGGCGAGCAGCGCUGUUAAAAGCGCCGCGCCCGAAAAGAAGCCGCCGGAAGAAACUUCCGCGACGCACUUCACGGGGCCCUACUUCGAGUUGCCCCAAUUUUGGGAAGAAGAAGUUCUUAAACGAGCACCGCUGUUCAACUGUGAUAAGGGGUUUAUCGAGCAGAACAAGGAUAAACUACGGCCGCGGAUGGAGAAGUGGCUUAAACGUAGCAGUUUCUAUCGGAAGCCACUCACGUAUUUCAAAGUCGACAACGUCGAUGAGGAGGUCGUGCGCGUGAUUAUCAAGGACGCCGAUCGUACUUUCUUUCACCCUGAGCACCGCGCGAAGCUGGUGGCGUUUCUGCACGCUCUCAGCCACGAGUUUAAGGCCUACGGCCAGGCCAUGAGCUACCUCUCCGCGCUCUGCAUGCUCGCCCUGACCGAGGAGGAGACAGCCAGCAUCAUCCGCUUCGUCUCCACGGAGUACAUCAAGGGCCAUUGGGCGGCCGAGGCGGUUGGGUUUGCCACAAGUGCAUGGGUGGUGGAAUACUUUAUGCAAAAGAGGUUCCCCGACGUCGCCAAGCACUUGGAUUCACUCAACCUGUGGCCGGACACCUAUUUGCAAAAGAUUCUCACAGGCCUGUGCAUCCACGUGCUGCCAUUCAAUGAUCUCUUCGACUUCCUAGACGCUUUUAUGCUUGGUGGUCUGCGCUACCUGGUUCGCUUCUGCCUCGCUAUUGUUGAGCACUACCGCGAUAAGAUCCUUUCGAUCAAAAGCACCACCGAGGCGAACACGUUGUACGAGAUCAUGCGCCUCGACCGCAACGUAGCGGACCGAAACGACGUGCAGGCGAUUUUGAAGCGCGCCCCAUUCAUUGAUCUCGGUGAGGAUGAGGAAAACAUUGAUGUGAUCCGCUCGCAGGUGUAUGAAAAGAAAGUUGAGCCGCGGUUGGUUCGCGCACCGAAAACGAACACCUAUGAACCCUGUUCGAUGUGCGAAGAGCGUCCACCUGAAUGGUGGAACGAUGACAUCGGCGCUGUCUGCAGCCCGUGCAAGGAGGCUAAUCCAGGCACCAAGUUUGAAAAUUUCUAA